CGCCACAGCCGAAGGCAAGCCCAAGCGCGGCCAUCCCGGACCCCGCGCCGCCGGCCUCGGGCCCGCGGGCGGCGGGCAUGCUGGCAUGGCAGGACGGCGGGGCCAAGGCGGCUCCCGCCCACCACAAGAUUUCCUUCUCUGUCCUGGACAUCCUGGACCCGCAGAAAUUCACCCGCGCUGCGCUCCCGGCCGUGCGUCCUGCUCCCCGGGAAGCCAAGAAAAGUUUGGCAGAGGCCGAAGCGGGGAAGGACGCCAGCCCGGGGGACUCAGCUCGGCGGCGGGAGACCCCUGAUGCUGCGGACCGCGGCGCGGGCGCGGCGUCCCCCUUGGAGGGCUCGGAGGCCGAGGAGGAGGAGGAGGAGGAGGCCGAGGAUGCGGGGCGGCGGCGGCGGAGGGAGCGGGCCGCGCGCCUGGAAGCGGACCCGGCGCGUUCCCCCGAGUCCCGGGCGGCGGCUUUGGCGGCGGGGGAGCGGGCCCCCGGCGGGCUGGCGGGCUCCCCGGGCUCGCCCGACU